GGCGACUAUGAGGAAAUUCUCAAGUACUAUGAAAUCCAUGAGACAAUUGGGACAGGUGGGUUUGCCAAGGUAAAGCUUGCACGACAUCUUCUCACCGGUGAAAGAGUUGCAAUAAAAAUCAUGGACAAAGUUGCUCUAGGGGGUGACUUGCCUCGUGUUAAAGUAGAAAUCGAUGCCAUGAAGAACUUAAGACACCAGCACAUUUGCCAGCUGUAUCACGUGAUAGAGACGUCCAAGAAAAUAUUCAUGGUCUUAGAGUACUGUCCUGGAGGAGAGCUAUUCGACUACAUAAUUUCCAAGGACCGCCUUUCGGAAGAGGAGGCUCGUGUGUUUUUUCGGCAGAUUGUUUCAGCGAUUGCUUACAUUCACAGUCAGGGAUACACCCACAGGGAUCUCAAACCAGAAAAUUUACUGAUAGAUGAGGAUCACAGUUUGAAGCUGAUAGACUUUGGCCUUUGUGCAAAGCCAAAGGGUGGCCUCGAUUAUCACCUGCAGACGUGCUGUGGAAGCCCAGCCUAUGCAGCACCGGAGCUGGUCCAGGGCAAAGCAUACAUAGGCUCAGAGGCUGAUAUCUGGAGCAUGGGAGUGCUGCUGUAUGCAGUGCUGUGUGGCUUUCUGCCCUUCGAUGAUGACAAUGUCAUGGCUCUCUACAGGAAGAUAACGAGAGGAAAAUACGUUAUUCCUAAGUGGCUCUCUGCUAGCAGUACACUACUGCUUAACCAAAUGCUGCAGGUGGACCCAAAGAAGCGGAUUACAGUCAAACAUCUGUUAACUCACCCCUGGAUCAUGCAAGGUUAUUCUGAUGCGGUUCAGUGGCAAACGAAAUACCAACUGGAGCAUCUUGAUGAAGACUGUGUAACAGAGCUCUCUGUGUUUCAUAAACAGAGCAAGGAGAGUAUAUCGAAGUUAAUAUCAGAGUGGAAAUAUGACCAAAUGUCAGCAACAUAUCUCUUGCUUCAGUCCAUGAAGGCUCGUGGCAAAUGUAUUCGCAUAAGGGUUCCACGUCAGAUGGGGCACGCCAGUGCAACACCAUCAGCCAGCCUCAAGUCUGAAAAACCUAUGACAUAUGAAGAUACACCAGGGUGCAGUGAAGUGCCGUAUGCAUUUGGAUCCAUGGAAUUUUUGGAUGCAGCUUCACAGUUUGAAGAAUCUCCAUUGGAAGAAUUUAUUCUAAAUACUCGCACAACAAAACAGCAUUCAAGCCAUGCUGCUCAACUGGAUGAUAUGGAAUUCACACUGUCAACUCCAGUGACAAGGAAAGUGGCAUCAAAGAAGCGUGAAAACAAAGAGAAUGUUGAUACAGAGUCAGCUUUAAGAAAUGAAAUGCCCUCUGUGCUUCCUGCUCCAAAGAGUCUUGUUGUGGAGAGUCAGGCUGAGAUCCAAGCACAAACUGUACCCUUUCAGGAGCCUGCCUUCAAAGAGAGCCAGUUCACAGCAGUCACCCCAAUUAAGAGACAUGCAAACCCAACAAACACAGAUGAAUUGACAGCAGCUGAGGUUCUUCCCGAAAUAAGGAGUCAUUCAGAGGAUCACAACCUGAAUAGCAACCCAAGGAAGAGAAAAGCCAAAAUAUUCGGAAAUAUUGAAAGAGGCUUAGAUAAAGUGAUCACGAUGCUUACGCCAAGCAAAAAGAAACGACCCAUCAGAGAUCGCCCGAGGAAAGUUAAGGCACACUAUAAUGUUACCACCGCUCAGCUACUGAAUCCAGACCAGCUGUUGAAUGAAAUAAUCGCUGUUCUUUCGAAGAAGCAUGUGGAUUAUAUUCAGAAGGGUUAUACCCUGAAGUGUCAAACACGGUCAGAUUUUGGCAAAGUGACUAUGGAGUUUGAGUUGGAAGUGUGUCGGCUCUGUAAACCUGAGUUGGUGGGUAUCCGUCGACAACGACUCAAAGGUGAUGCCUGGGUCUACAAGAGGCUGGUGGAAGACAUCCUAUCAAGCUGCCACCUGUGA